AUGACUGCCGGCGGCCAACACCGAGCAACAUGUGAACUCAAAAUCCUCACCACCAACAGGCGGAAGCUAGAUCAAAACAGGGUCCGGUGCGAUCCCGCAACGACGGACGCGCUGACGGACCAUGAUGGCAAGGCUUGGCGUUAUGAGUCCGAGGGCCCGGCUCUGUCAGCUCCGAGGGCCAGCCGGACGUGGGGCCGUGUGGUGCGGGGGAAGAUCCUUUCCGCCUUUCACGUAAGAGGCGCAAAAGGCGCUCACAAGACUGGUUUUGAUGCAUCAGGCAUUGGCUCCUCACGGCCACGGACCGAUUACAAGACGGGACAAAAGGCUUGUUGA